AUGGGAGAGGAUUGUGCGACCGCAUGUAAAGCGAAGGGGCUGCAAUUGCCCUCUAUCCACUCGGCCAAGGAAAAUGAAAAAAUUCGGGUCAAAAUGGCCACGACAAAAGGUUGUAACCAGACACAUCUCGGCAUGACGUUCAAGGUGGUCAGCAACGCCUAUGUUAACUAUUGGCGCGACGGCUCCGCAAUCGACUAUAAAAAUUGGGAGCCGGGUCAGCCGUCCUACCGGUUCUCACCAGACGGGCAGAACCGCUAUACCGAACCUUGUACUGUGAUGUGCUCUGGGCUUUUCGAGAUCUACCUACAUCUGCUGCUGCCCGAUUUCUUUUUUCCGGUUUUCGGGCUGACGUGCUACGGUCCACUCGGGGGCCUGGAUUCUACGGCUAUUGGGAUUAUCUUUGCCACCGUAUUAAUGUUGCUGCUCACGGGGAUUGCGAGCUGCUUCAUCUAUCGACACCGACAAGUGUUGCCGGCCGGCCAUUGGGCGAGGCCCCGCCCCCGGAUUUUGGUGGCGAUACUGGUAUUCCAAUGGGUUUUAUGCAGUGCCGGUCUUGGGGUUGGCGGCUGGAUGAUGCCCUAUACGCAAGACUUGACAGGUUCAGGCAUGCAGCUCAUUUUAAGGCGCCAUCCGAGUUACCGUUUCCUCCUCGACGUCCCGGGUCUGUGGAUACUCGAUGAUACGGACAAGGGCUUGCAAUUGGCGGCAUCCAUAUUCUUGGUGACACUGAUCUACGUGAGCCUCACCUUUACACCGGCCGUACGUCGGGCGAUUCCGAAAGCCGACGAUCCCUUU